ACAAAUACAGCUUCACAGAACCGCCACAUAAAGGAGGCCUCCAAGGAAAGGGUCUUAAAAUACCUUGCAGACAGCUAGUUCUCCUUGUGCAGAUAAAAUGAGGGUGACUUGGACAGUGUACAAUGGGCUGUGGAGCCCUUUGCCCUAAAGUAUCUGAACUACAAGAAGAAGGAAUAAAUGCCAUUAAUUUGCCUCUCAGUCCAAUUCCAUUUGAACUAGACCCUGAGGACACGAUGCUGGAGGAAAAUGAAGUCCGAACAAUGAUUGAUCCAAAUUCAAGAAGUGAUCCCAAAUUACAAGAGCUAAUGAAGGUUUUAAUUGACUGGAUUAAUGAUGUAUUGGCUGGAGAAAGGAUUAUUGUGAAAGACCUUGCGGAAGACAUGUAUGAUGGACAAGUAUUACAGAAAUUAUUUGAGAAACUUGAGUGUGAAAAACUGAAUGUUGCUGAAGUCACACAGUCUGAAAUUGCUCAGAAGCAGAAGUUACAGACAGUUCUUGAAAAGAUCAAUGAAACCCUUAAACUUCCUCCAAGGAGUAUCAAGUGGAAUGUUGACACUGUUCAUGCAAAAAGUCUUGUAGCAAUCCUUCGACUUUUGGUUGCAUUGUCACAAUAUUUUCGGGCACCAAUCAGACUCCCAGACCACGUGUCCAUUCAGGUUGUGGUUGUCCAGAAACGAGAAGGAAUCCUCCAGUCCCGACAAAUCCAAGAGGAAAUAACUGGUAACACUGAGGCAUUAUCAGGAAGGCAUGAACGGGAUGCAUUUGACACUUUAUUUGACCACGCCCCAGACAAGCUCAAUGUUGUAAAAAAGACUCUCAUCACUUUUGUGAACAAGCAUCUGAAUAAACUGAAUUUGGAGGUUACAGAACUGGAAACCCAGUUUGCAGACGGUGUAUAUCUAGUGCUGCUAAUGGGUCUCCUGGAAGGUUAUUUUGUGCCCCUGCACAGCUUCUUCUUGACUCCUGAUAGUUUUGAACAAAAGGUUGUGAAUGUGUCCUUUUCAUUUGAACUAAUGCAAGAUGGAGGGUUGGAAAAACCAAAACCAAGACCAGAAGAUAUUGUAAAUUGUGACUUGAAGUCAACUUUGAGAGUGCUGUACAAUUUGUUUACCAAAUACCGGAAUGUGGAGUGAGGAAUUGAUUUGGAACAGAUGAAUGGGUGUUAACAAAACAACCCAUCACAGCAAUCAUAUUCUUUAUGGUCAUUUCUUUGCAUUUGCAUUUGUAUUUUCUAAAGGAGCUGAAUCACUUCUCAAAAGCGUGUUGAACUGAUUAUUCUUGUUAUACUUUUCAAACCCUUAUGCUUAAAAUUAAGGCUACAGUAAACCAAGUUAAAUGAUAAAGUAAAAGAUUUGAAGGGAGAUAACUAGGUACCUUCUGGGGAAACCCAUCUCUCAUUAACGGUUUUUAUUCUAUUUUAAAAUACUCAGAGCAAUGAGCAGCAGACUUGAUAGCUUUAAUUAGGCUUGACUUUGGAAGUUAAUUGUAAGAGGUUAUCUUCAGCUAUAUCUUAAAUAUUAAUUAAAAAAACAGUUAUUUUUCUAAUCCGAGAGAGGACAAGAUCUUUUACCUAUAAUAAGAUGGAUGCAUCAAGAGAUCCUGCUAAUUUACUGAAGGACAGGUAGAAUGUGAUGGUUCGCAUUGGAGCUAAGAAGAGAACUGCUAAAGACACUAAACCUAAGUUAAUUUUUUUAUGUUGUAUGUUUUUUGUGUACUAACUGAAAUGACUACUUACUCCUUCAAACUUGCAAUGGUGUGAUGUUCUGAUUUAAAUGUGCAUUUAAAACAGCACUCUUUACAUUUUGUAUGCUUGAUUUUGUGCUAUGAAAAGACCUUUAUUACACAUUUCAAAAUUCAGAACAGUGUCAAAAGUUUAUAAUACAGCCUCUUCAAAUGUCUAGGAUCUCUCCUAAAAAGACACCCAGGGAAAGCAGAAACGGAAGUAAAGGAAUUGUUUUUACUUAAAAUUAACAGUUUAGACAAACUAUAAUUGGUAUAAAUUAAACAGUAUUUUGGAAGGGCACUAUUAAUUAAUAAUUUUUUUAAAAAGCAGGUUCCUAAUUGAAGACCUUAAAGAAUCUUGAUUUUCAGAAAGUGGGUGCUAAAUUCUUACUGAAAAUUAGACCUCAUUAGGAUGCUACAAGUGAGGUACCUAAAAAUGGUAGCCUGCAAGAUCAAGAUUCACUUUUGAAAAAUUAGGCCAAAGGCUAUAUAAUGUAAGAAUGGUACGGAGUGUUUUUGAGCAUACACGUUUUAAUACAAGUGGUAGAGUGAACAAAAGUGAACAAGAAAAGAAAAGUUUGUAGUGUGUGUCACUGUAAUAUUUGUAAAACUGUCAGAUGGGAUAGCACUUAAAUAAAUAGCCUAAAAAAUAUAGGAUAAACAUUUUUUGGGGGUACUGAUGUUUAGCUUUUAGCUUAGAAAGGAAGUAUAUCAAUUUAGUAGAAAGUAAAAUAGUGCCCGGUUUUAUACAUUGAGCCUUGUACAUUGUCCAUUUUUUUUCUGCUCUCGCACCUCUAACAGGCCUCAAAUGUUAAAGCAUAGGAGUCCAUUCUAGCCGAUCACAGUGCAAGAGACUAAGUCAGGAACAGUGCCAUAGAAACCAGUGGUUACCAAGAAGAGUAGUAAAGUAAUCAUUACUUAAAGUUUUAAAAUCAAGAUUUAGAUGUCUUUCUAAAAUGGAUCUUGUGAGUCAACCAUGAGUUAUUGGGGUCACUAGCGUCGACUUGCACAUUUGGAAACAAAAAACAAAAAAUUCUUUUAGGGCCAGAAUUACUGUGUAAAAUUUUUGGCCUGUGUUAUGCUGCAGGCCAGACUUGAUGUCCAUGGUUCCUUCUGGCCUUAAACUCUAUGAAUUAUACCCUGCGUGUGGUCUCUUGUGUCAGUUAUCUGAAGAAAUUCAAUGCUGGUAAGAAUUAUUCAUAACAUGUUUAUAUUACUCAUUUUCUAAAUUGCUAAAUAUCUUAUUUUUCAGUUUUUGCUUUUUUGUUUUUCAGUGCAACCAUUAGUGUUAAAUCUAGUAAUGGUGUUCUUCUAUGGAUACUAAGUGAUGGUAAAUAAUAAGCUGAUAUUGACUUCAGUUGAGGUGCUUAUUGAGAUUCAUUGCUCUGAGAGGUAAAUAUUGAUUGAAGCAAAGAUAACAUCAAUAUUUAAUACAAGAAACAAUAAACUAGGAUGUUCAUUGAACCAAGAAUUCAGUUAUCUGUAUUGUUACAUACUUUCUGAAUGUGAAGAUUAUCUGGAUAGCCCUACAUUUUAGUAAGAGUUUUCAAAUGCAUGUCAGCUUUUCCUUUUAAACAGAGUCUCUAAAAAGGUUAUGAAGCUGGAAAAGAAAUAAAUAAUUGGACUGUGUGCCCCCUUUUCCUCCCCCACAUCAGAAUUCACUAAUUUCUAUGUGCUAUCUAAUUAGUUAAUGUCCUUUUGGAUCUCAGUACUAUUGACCUUUUGAGGAGAUAAGCAAUAGGACCUUAGCCUGCAUUUUUUUCAAAGCCAGUCUUGAGCCACAAGUGUUCUCCUGUAUGUACUCAUAGUAGUUAAGGUGAGUUUCAGCACUUUGCCAGGAAGUAGCAGUUUUACCUCCUUUGGUUAUUUGGCAUGUAUUUUGUCCAUCUCUAAGUCUAUAUGGGUAUGUCUACACUGCAACCCUAGUUCGAACAAGGGUGGCUAAUGUAGGCAUUCGAACUUGCAAA